UGGGGUGCAGAGUUUGGUGGGGUGCCCAGCGCGGUGUAGCACUGUACCGGUAUUCAGCCUGCAGAGACCCGGACACAGCGUGCAGCAGAUACACCGUGAUAUUUACAGAAUUCCCGAUUCAAGAUGAUCCCGGAUCUCAGUAAUUAGUCCUGCGUUAAAGAGCGACUCCUCCUUCAGAUCUUCUGGACUUUCUGCAAAAAUGAGGCUCCAGAAAUCCAGCGUCUCCACCGUCCAGAACUGCCUGAAGCCCUGGAGGAAAACUCUGCUGUUCCUGUUUAUCUUUACCUGGCUUGUGGUUUCCAGUCAUUCAGAUGAAGAUUAUUAUAAGUUACUGGGAAUUUCGAGAGACUCCAGCACACGGGAGAUCCGGCAGGCCUUUAAGAAGCUGGCGCUGACCAUGCACCCGGACAAGAACCCGAACGACGAGACGGCUCAUGAGAAGUUCCUGAAGAUCAACCGAGCGUACGAGGUGCUGAAGGACGAAGACCUGCGAAAGAAAUACGACAAAUACGGAGAGAAGGGGCUUCAGGAUGAGCAGCACGGGGGCCGAUACGAAAGCUGGAACUUCUACAGAUAUGAUUUUGGCAUUUAUGAUGAAGAUCCAGAGAUUAUUACUCUAGACAGAGGAGACUUUGACGCUGCAGUGAACUCUGGUGAAGUUUGGUUUGUGAAUUUCUACUUUCCCCGAUGCUCGCACUGUCACGACCUGGCUCCUACGUGGCGAGAGUUUGCUAAAGAGAUGGAUGGAGUGAUACGGAUCAGCGCAGUGAACUGCGGAGAUAACAACAGACUGUGUCGCAGUAAAGGAAUCAGCAGCUACCCCAGCCUGUUCAUCUUCAGAGCCGGGAUGAAUCCAGAGAAAUACUACGGGGAAAGAUCUAAGCACAGUCUUACCAAGUUCGCCAUGCAGUACGUGACCAGCAAAGUGACCGAACUGUGGCAAGGCAAUGUUUUUACAGAGAUCGACCAGGCUUUCUCUGAGCGAAUUGGAUGGCUCAUAACCUUUUGUGCUGAUACUGGAGAUUGUUUGGAAGCUCAGACCAGGCAGAAGCUUGCUGGCAUGUUGGAUGGUGUGGUGAAGGUGGGGUGGAUGGACUGCACUCUGCACGCUGAACUGUGUGAGAGUUUUGAUGUGACGAGCAGCUCCUCCGCCCUGUUUCCCCCCGGCAGCUCCCUCGCCCAGGAGGGCAGCGUACUGUUUCUGAAGACGCUGGAUGCGAGGGAGAUCUACGCUCAGGUGAUGCAGGCCAUGCCGGAGCUGGAGACCCUCUCUAAGCUGAGUUUUGAGGAGAAGCUGGCUCGUCAUCGCUGGCUGAUCAGUUUCACCUUUGGAGAAAACGGCGCUUCCACCCACGAGUACAAGAAGCUCAGCGCCCUUCUCAAACACUCCCACAUACAGGUAGGGAAGGUGGACUGUGUAUCAGAAGCAGAGCUCUGUGCUUCUCUCUACAUCCAGAAGUCCUGUGUUGCCGUUUUUAAAGGCCUCGGCGUUCACGACUUUGAGAUCCAUCACGGUAAAGAAGCUCUGUAUAACAUUGUGGCCUUCGCUAAGGAGAGCGUGAGUGCCCACGUGACGACCCUGCGGCCGGAGAAUUUCCCCCGGGACGGGAAGGAGCCCUGGCUGGUGGAUUUCUUCGCUCCUUGGUGUCCCCCCUGUCGUGCUCUUCUGCCUGAACUGAGAAAAGCCUCCAUCCAGCUGUACGGACAGAUGAAGUUUGGCACUCUGGACUGCACGAUUCACGAGGGGCUCUGCAGCAGGUACAACAUCAACGCCUACCCAACAACCGUCAUCUUCAACAAGUCCAGCGUCCACGAGUACGAGGGGCACCAUUCUGCUGACGGCAUUCUAGAGUUCAUCCAGGACCUGGUGAAUCCAGCUGUGGUGACGCUGACUCCAGACACCUUUCAACAGCUGGUGAAGAGGAGGAAGCAGACAGAGACGUGGGUGGUGGAUUUCUACGCCCCGUGGUGCGGACCCUGCCAGGCCCUGCUGCCCGAGUGGAGGAGAAUGGCUCGGAUGCUGAGUGGGGUGAUAAAUGUGGGCACUGUGGACUGUCAGAAGCAUCACUCGCUGUGUCAGAGUGAGAACGUGCGAGCCUAUCCCGAGAUCCGCCUCUUUCCCCAGAACAGCAACCGCAGAGACCAGUACCAUAGCUAUAAUGGCUGGCACAGAGACGCUCAGUCCCUCAAGACCUGGGCUCUCAGCUCUCUGCCUCGUGCCUCGGUGGAUUUGACGCCUGAAGAUUUUAAGAGGAAGAUUCUAGAAGGGAAGGAGCACUGGGUGCUGGAUUUUUAUGCUCCGUGGUGUGGACCCUGUCAGCACUUUGCACCCGAGUUUGAAAUCCUUGCUCGGAUGCUAAAGGGAACAGUCAGGGCAGGAAAGGUGGAUUGCCAGGCUCACUACCAGACCUGCCAGAGCGCGGGCAUCACUGCGUAUCCUACUGUCCGCUUCUACCCCUACCUGGGCACACAGCGGAGACAGCAGGGUGGAGAGUACAUUAACAGUCGGGACUCCAAUGUCAUCUCUGACGUCAUCCAUCAGAGACUGCAGCAGCUCGCUCUAAAGAACAAAUCCAAACUCAAGGAUGAACUAUGAGGGUGUUACGCUGCUUUUAACCCAAAUAUCCACUGAAUCCUCCGGCCUGUAGGAAUAUUGAGAUGGACUGGGGAGGUUGGCUCACACACAGAGGACACUGAGAAAAUUUUAGAUUGAGGUUCGAUGCCUGUGUGGAAAAAGUUAACCUCAGAUUUGUGUCAAAACAUACCUGAUGAAGACGUCAGAGUGGACAGUCAAACUCCAGGACUUGUAAGCACCUCCAGCAUAAGCAUAACUGAACUGUUUCUGAUUUUUUUUUUGUUAUGAUAUGAUGAUUGUAUCGACUGUACAGGUUGGUUGUGAAUAAGGUGUCUAUUACAGCAACUCUUAUUUUUUUAUUCGGUUUUGUUUGUUUUUGUUGUUUAUUUUUGGUUUUCGUUUCGGUAGGUUUUUGUUAAUUUUGUUUUCUCUUGUUUUGUUAUGAUAAAUGUUUUUAUUUAUCUGCUGGGGGCACGGUUUGGAAAGACACUUCUGUGUUUUUGACAGAUUUAUUUUUCCUGUGUUUCUAAGAAGCACUGUGAGUAUUUUAAUACAGUACAGUUUCUAUGGUAUUGCAUAUUGUAAUAAUACUGUAAAAUUGCCUUAGCCUGAUAAUGAACAGACUACAAAGGGUAUAAUGGACUAUUCUAUUCAAAACUGCUGGUUAAAGUUACUUAAGAUAGGGUUCAUAAGGCUACACAACACUGACAUUAAAGCUGACAUUAGUCUACAUAAGCAUUUACUUGUUUUUGCAAGGAACUACAACUGUAGGAUCUGUCCCAUGACAUUUGCCAUGUGGAGUCGCUUCGAGUCUAUUCACACGGACAAUUCUAGCCAGACAUUGCUGUCCACCACUGUCCAUGUCACUCCCGGGCUUUACCAUGUGCGCACUGACCAGUUUUAUCAAUCUCAAUCUUUAUCAAUCUCAUUCACAAGAUAUCAGCUCACAACUUAUACAGGUGGGGGUGUUCUCAAGCCAUCUCUUGAGGUAACACUUUAGGAUCAAUUUGCAUAUUUUUGUCACAUGACCAUUAGCAUGCUAGUCUACAUGUUAGCAAUGUCAACAAAAUCUCAAUUUUUAAUGGAAGUCAGUGUAAAAAUGCUUUUGGAUCAAUUCUGUUUGUCCAUUCAUUGUUAAAUUUGGACCCAUUGUAAAGAACAACUGCUAGAUACAUAUUUUUUAUGAAAAAAAAAAUGACCCAGAAACUGGACAAAGUUAUGACAGCUAACUACAACUACUACUUUUUGGAAUAAGCCUUUACAGAAAUAUGGCAUGAAAGGUGCCAUGUAGCCUUAUGAUCACUGCCCCAGUGUUACUAUAAUGUUUAAAUUCCAGUAUUGUUAAACUUGAACCUUUUUAUUCAAGAGUAAUCUAAUUUAUAAGAUUCUUCAGUGUGAAAAAACACAGAUUUGGCUCCUUUAUGUUAAAGAGUGAGGUAAAAACUCCAUGCAGUACUGGGACUGGCAGAUAUCUGGGUUUCCUUAUGUAUUCACUUCUAUUCUCUCGUCCUUCAUGUGCUCAUGGAGUGCUGUUUUGCACAAAUACUGUACCUGUUGUAGAAUAAAAACUUUUUGUUUUGUUUUUUAAAGAAAA